CUGCGCUGGCGAUUCACCCCCUUGAAUGUACAGGCCGACUCCGUAAGUAUAUAGUGCCUCCUACUUUCCGACCUCAGUCUCUCCCCUUCAUCCCGACACCAACUUUCUUCUCCACACCACCACCACUUCCAAGACCCAACACCCUCAGCACACCACCAUCCUCGCUUGCCAACCAUGGCAGCAUCUUUCCUCAAAGUACUCUCGGGGUUCUCCAAGAGCAAACCUAAGCCCUCCCCAGACCAAUCCCCACCAGCCUUACACAUCCCCGAACUCGUCGAGAUGAUCUUCUCCAACCUCAGACAUCGCGACCUUAUCCAAUGUUCUCAGGUCUCCAAGCAGUGGAAGGAUAUCGUGGAUACUAGCCCUGCUAUUCGGAGACAGACGUGGCGAGAUACACCCAAGCGCCUCAUUACUCGAUCCCAGAAGAACACACUACUCGACGAUCGUACCGAGGACCUCCGUAACCUAAAAAUUGUGAAUCCUGAUGGCGGAGCACGGGGAAAGAUCCCCAUCAUUGCAGAUCUUUGUCCCGUGUUCUUGCAGGCGGCUGGUGACUUCAAUGGAGUUUUCGACCGCCGUCGUACUCCUGCUCUUUGGAUUCUACAUCCCAACCACGUCCUCUAUCUCUGUUUCGGCCACGAUAUCUCCAAGCGUCUCCUCGACCACGGAUAUCAAUGCAAGACGGCAUCCUACCACGAAAUGCUCGUCAUGGACCCCCCACAAACCCAAAUCAUCGUACGAUCGAUUUUCUACAACCCCACCCGAGCGUUCGCGUAG